GCAAGUCGUCCAAGAUCACUAUUGGAUUGCUCUCAUUUAUUCGUAAGCGCGUAUUUGUCAUCUUUGUGCAGGCAAGAAAGACCCGAGUCACGAUCGACGGGGUACGGAGGAACGAUUGAACACCGCUGCAGAGCGGCGGGUCAUUACACCUACUGAAUGGAGAGCGUAUGGCUAUUGGGCCCGUCCGCGAAUCGGCCCAGUCCUCGUCAAUAAUGCUACACCGCCGCAGUCUCCUCGCGACUUGUCUCGUGAAGAAAUCGAGGAGAUCAUGCAGUCCCUUCUGGACGAAAGAGGCGAGUGGCACACGGAAAAUUGGGUGGCUCGCGUCGAGCACCCGGCAUUACCCUCGCGGCCAGCAAUAUGGCACACACCACGACCGAGCUCUGCUGAUCUCCCUUCCACCGCGCUACAACUCAAUCCGUAUCUUAAGCACCGCCUAUUCGGACGGCCUCCUCUUUUGUUCGACAUGCGAAACGAGACGGUGGGAGUUGAGCUCGGGGAACUGCCUCCCGCCAUCCCCGGGGAGGAGCCAAUGCACAUACUCUUCUGCCCGCGCGGCCCGGAUGGUUCCCAACCAGCGACGUAUCCCCCAGUGUCCGAGUUGUACAUAAGCGCCCUAGCAGACGAUAACUGUGAUCCGUUCCCCUGGCCCACAUUGGUCAUACCGCACCAUCCGCGACUCCCGGUCAUGGUCAUGGACGUCCUGAACGCGCUCAUCGCGAAUUUCGAAGAACGCCUGAAACCAGAAGAGGUCGCGGCGCUGUCGGAGCAGCGCCGGGAGCACAUGUGUCGGGCGUACUGGGAGCGCGUGCGCACGAUGGUUAGCGGGCGCAUACCGGGUGAUGACGACGGCCUGCGGCGGAUUGAUUACCUCGGAGACAGGGUCUUCUUCAGAGGGCUGGAGCCCGCUCCGGAUGGGGUUGGCUUCGUUCUCUUCGUUGGUCCGGCCCACUGAGUUACGGUGGGUUGUCGGGCGUCGGUGGCGCUGUAUCCAUAUCAUUCUUACUGUACCAUGGUUCUGUUGGGAUGCAUCACUAUGAUGGCGUUUUGUAGCACCAGGUCUUCUUUCCACACGGUUGUACUUGCUUACUCCAGGCUUCCGCGGUCAUCGUAUGCUAAGCACAACGGAAAGUCUGGG